AUGGAGUUCAUCACCGUAUUGUUCGCUCUGUGCGCCUUGCGCACGGUCGCAGCAGGUGAGUCGGUAUUCUAUGAGUGUCCCGCACAACAUCAGUCUAACCUCGCCAGCACAAAUUGCUGAGGCCCUCGAAAUUCGCCAAGAGUCCCACUCCAUAACCUCCUCAACCGUAACGCCCAGCUCGAUCCUCUCCGAAGGGACUUUCGUCCCAACCUCAAGCUCGUCUUCGGCCGGCGGAGCAAGCUCGACCACCGCAUCUGCCGGCGGCACAUUGACCGGCCAGUUUACCGGUGCAGACGGAAACGCGUAUCCAGUGACCUCCUACUCCAGCAUGGUGCUCGUUGCAGCGCAUACUCUCUCUGUUGGAGGCGCAGAUGCCCUUGUCGGCCAGGUACGGAUGCACCACGAGACUGCUCAAAUCGCGUCUGCCUUGACUGAAACUAACUUCUGAUUACAGGUAAUCGUGACCGAAGCCUCGCAAGGCUUCGUCGCCAACGGCCAAAACAUUACUUUGAUCAGCAUGACAAGCACGCCAACUUCCGCGGGGAUGACCACCACAAUGAGCACUUCCUCUUCUUCGGCGACGACGACAACGCGCGGUCCAGUAGGCCAGUCGCCUGCGGCGCAGCCAACGCAAGCAAGCAGCAGCGGAGGAGCAGCGAUUCCAAUGGCGACGGGAGCGAUAGGAGUGAUUUUGGGUGGCAUGAUGAGAGCGUUGAUGCUCUGA